UGCACACUGAUACACAUUAUACUAAUAUUUGUCGCAUACAUAAUGUUGAUCCAUCAUUUCAAUGUUGCGAGUAAAUAUAUUAUAAUGCUCCGUGAAUACUUAACGAUACGUUAUAUAAGUCCUGAUAGCAUCGUUAUAGCCGUUAAGAUCUCCGCGUGUCUCUCGAUCUUCAAAGUUAAGGAACACAUACCGUUGUCAUAACAUGGACAGCUGAUCACUACAGAUCAAAAACAUUUCUUUGACGGAUUAGUUUACUUGAAGUGACCUCUAUAGUACAUUAUCAAAAUAUUUAAAAUUUUGCUUGAAAUUACCACAAAUUUACCAAAGCAUCUUUCUUCUAAAUGUUGUAAUAUAUUUUCAGUUUUUUUAAGUAGAUUUUCAUAAGGAAAGAAUAUUGUCAUCCUUACACCAAUGAAUAUUCAUAGGCUCUUAUAUUGUUAGUUACAAUUUAUCUUGUCAACAACAUUUUCGAUAUAAUCAUAUUUGUAUUCGUUAUUAGUGUCACGUGUAUUAUUACUGGUUAUACAUCUAUAUAUAAACAUUCCUGUUACACUCUGGGAACUUAUCGAGUUUCGCGCAUUAUUUCGAAGUAAAUAUUACAAACAAAAUACUAGUAAAUGACAAUUACUAAGACGUAUUGCGGUGGAUUUAAAGAAAUUAGUAGAUUUUGUGGGGCCAUACACAGAAGUGCCAUAUGAUUUCUUACUGUUUCAUGGAGCACCAGGAAAGAAAUAAAUGUUCACAUUUGGAAAUCUGCAAAGUUAUAGCAACUGCAAUAAUGGACAAAUACUUUUGGGUCACAUACCGCAACCCGGAAGAAUGGAUAGAAUCACGGAAAGAAAUUUUACAAAAAAUACUAACUACUCUAUCACGCUGCGCAUACCGAUAUGAAACGGAGAUGAUAAUGUGCACUAAAUCGUGUUACGUGUGUUUUCGACAGGCAAACAUAAGGCUCUGCAGCACUUGCUAUUCAGCCAAUUUUUGUGAUGAUUACCAAAUAUUAUUUAAUCUAUUUCAUAAAAAAUACUGCGAUGAGUUGUUGCUGUUACUGAAUACGAAUAUCGCCUAUAUUAACGGCUGUAUGAAGAAGACAGUCGAGUGUCGAUACGGACAAAAGUUCCUCUCAUUUCCUGGAAAAUGGUUUGAAUCUAUAACAGCAAGAAUAACGCAAGAGUGUCCGUUGCUUUUAACCGCCCAUUUGGAAAAUAUAGCGCAAGAGAAUGUAGAUAAGAUAGAAGAUGUGAUAGGAGCAACCAGAAUUCGAAUAUACAGAAAAAAUAAUAAAUUUGUCGGUUGUCCACCCUAUAGAAACUGUGUAACUGGAGGAUUUUAUUACCGAAAUACGCAUUUUAUAAUGUAUUCAUGAAUUUAAAUCACACGACCCACCCAUUCAAGAAAGUAAUGUAUUGUUUUAUCGUAAUUUCACUUCAGUACAAAUGUGAUAGCACUCAUUUCUUAAUAAAAUUCAGGAAUAAAUAUCAAUUUUCUUACUGAGGGAUGCAUUCAGACACAAAUCAAUAGUAUUUUAUUUCUUAUUUUUUCAGAAUACGUUAAACUUAUUAUAUAAGAGAUAAUAGAAUGAUUACGGCAUACAUAAUAUCUUAAAAUUUUACACUUUGUCGCAUGCAAUUCCAUAAUUAUAGGUAUUAUAUAUAGCUACGAUCAUUCUCUACUGAAUUAUGUAUAAUUAUCUUGUAAAUUUUUCCUUUAUCGUCCGCAUGUUCUGCAAAUGAUAUGUGAUAGGAAUAAUUGUAAAACGUUUUAUAUAAGUUUUAUUUUUAUGUUGUGUCUUGUACUAAACAUAAUUUGUUGCAUCUUUUACAACUUUUACUUUUUAAAUUGUCAAAAUAUAUUAAAAGAUAUAAAAGCAAUCUUACCUUCCGAGCUUUC